UUAAAAUCAGCCACAUAGAUAAUGUAGCUUUGUUAGCUUUAAAAUCAGCCACAUAGAUAAUGUAGCUUUGUUAGCUUUAAAAUCAGCCACAUAGAUAAUUCAGCUUUGUUAGCUUGAGAAUCAGCCACAUAGAUAAUGCAAUUUUGUUUGCUUUAAAAUCAGCCACAUAGAUAAUGCAGCUUUGUAAGCUAUCAAAUCAGCCACAUAGAUAAUGUAGCUUUGUUACCUUUUAAAUAAGCCACACAGAUAAUUCAGCUUUGUUAGCUUGAGAAUCAGCCACAUAGAUAAUGCAAUUUUGUUUGCUUUAAAAUCAGCCACAUAGAUAAUGUAGCUUUGUUACCUUUAAAAUCAGCCACAUAGAUAAUGCAGCUUUGUUAGCUUUAAAAUCAGCCACAUAGAUAAUGCAGCUUUGUUAGCUUUAAAAUCAGCCACAUAGAUAAUGUAGCUUUCUUAGCUUUAAAAUCAGCCACAUAGAUAAUGCAGCUUUGUUAGCUUUAAAAUCAGCCACAUAGAUAAUGCAGCUUUGUAAGCUAUCAAAUCAGCCACAUAGAUAAUGUAGCUUUUUUAGCUUUCAAAUCAGCCACAUUGCAGCUUUGUUAGCUUUAGAAUCAGCCACAUAGAUAAUGUAGCUUUUUUAGCUUUCAAAUCAGCCACAUAGAUAAUGUAGCUUUCUUAGCUUUCAAAUCAGCCACAGUGCAGUUUUGUUAGCUUUAGAAUAAGCCACAUAGUUAAUGUAGCUUUUUUAGCUUUCAAAUCAGCCACAUAGAUAAUGCAGCUUUGUUAGCUUUAGAAUCAGCCACAUAGAUAAUGCAGCUUUGUUAGCUUUAGAAUCAGCCACAUAGAUAAUGCAGCUUUGUUAGCUUUAGAAUCAGCCACAUAGAUAAUGCAGCUUUUUUAGCUUUCAAAUCAGCCACAUAGAUAAUGUAGCUUUUUUAGCUUUCAAAUCAGCCACAUAGAUAAUGUAGCUUUCUUAGCUUUCAAAUCAGCCACAGUGCAGCUUUGUUAGCUUUAGAAUCAGCCACAUAGUUAAUGUAGCUUUCUUAGCUUUCAAAUCAGAAGAGAAUCAGAAGAGAAGAGAAGAAGAGAUCAUUGCAGAAGAGAUGAUGAUCAUCAUCAUCAUCAAGAGAUCAUCAUCUCUUCUGCAUGAUCAAGAUCAUGCAGAAGAGAUCAUUCCUGCUGAUCAAUCAUGUAACACACAAACAACAUACAUAAAAAUAAUAACAUUAACAAUUAUAAUGAUAUAAAAUGGUCGCAAACAAGAUCCGGCUCUUCCUGUUCACAUAAAAGAGUCGACUCUUUGAGCUGGCUCGUUCAUGAACGACCCAUCAGUAGCACAGAGAUGUAAUAUGAGGAGCUGCCAGAGUGCUGGUUCCAGCCCCUUUGCUGACCUGCUCCAUUUAGUCAGGCUCUGAUUAGAUUUUGGAGCUGAUGGCCAUAGAAAGUCUACAUUACUGGUCUAACAGUUAAGGUCAAUGGACUUGUCCACUUUUUAAACUUUUAAAGAAGAAGGCUCACACCAUUUUAAGGAGAGGGGUUUCACAAUAUAAAAACACAUCGAUUUUAUUGGGGUGACAAAAAAAUAUCAUAGUCUGCCCUUAAAAACUGAAAGAUCGAAAACUGAAUUUGGAUGCUAAUUGUUUGACAGCUGUUUGUACCAUGUUUAUGCUGACCUUGGCCCCCUCCAUAAGACUUCAUCCAAGAAAGUUUCCUCUUUUCCCUCCUUAUGAGAAAUUUCACACACAGCAGGCAUGGCGAGUUAAGUGCGGUAACUUUGGCUUCAGUAACUGCUCUGUUUAACACAGAUGGGAAAUUAACACUGCUGUGCAGACAGCUGAAAACAUGAGGAAAGCAUGUGGUUGUUUGCUGGAGUCGGGUUGGCUGAGACAGAAUAAAAUUUAAGUUGCAUAGUCUGACAUCAUAAAAGACAAAAUCAUCCUGCCUUUAUAGACACUUCUGGUACUUUCUGAAGUUACACAGUAACCUGAAACUGAAAGUGCAUGAUGAAUCAUGCUUCCAUAAAAUGGCAGAGUUUAUGGACCAGGCAUAAUAAUUAAGCAUUUUACUGUUGUACUUUUACAUGUUAUUUCCCAGCAUUGGUUAACUUGAUUUGUUUUUAAGAAUGACUUUGUAUUUUUCUUCAUCCAGAUCAAUACUCAACAUAAAUCCCCUAAAAGCUUUCAGUUUCAAUAUUACACAGACUGGCUGUGGCUGGAUCAGGUGGUCUGACGUUAUAAGAGGAACUGCAGCAGACACUCAGUCUCACUUUAGCCUCAGCAUCUGACUCUUCAACAUGGAGGGAAAAAUUACCAUUGGUGGUAAAUCCUACGACCAGAGUAUGGCUCCUGACUACCUGAACAAGACUAACCAAGGAAACAUCAUAACAAACAAUGAGGAGCUGAGAAUCGUCCUCGUGGGAAAGACCGGCACUGGCAAGAGCACAACUGGAAACACCAUUCUGGGGCAGAAGGUUUUCGAAUCGAAGUUCAGCGCCAAGUCAAAGACUGUGGACUGCUCGAAGGGCAGAGGGAUGGUGGAUGGACAGAAAGUAGCUGUCAUUGAUACUCCAGGUUUGUUUGACACCAGAUUAGACAUGGAAAAGACAUCCAAAGAAAUGGGCAAAUCCAUCCCUUUCGCUGCUCCUGGACCCCACGUGUUUGCUGUGGUCAUCAGGCUGGGCAGAUUCACAACAGAGGAGAAGGAGGCGGUGCAAAGGAUUCAACAAAUCUUCGGUCAGGCAGCUGACAAAUACAGCAUGGUUAUCUUCACUGGUGGAGACGAGUUGGAGAUGGAAGAGGCCACGAUUGAGGGGUUUCUGGAAGAAAGUCAAGACCUGCAAGAGCUGGUGAAACGAUGUUAUGAUCGGUACCAUGUCAUCAAUAACAGAAACAAAACAGAUCGAUCCCAGGUCAGCCAGCUGAUCCUGAAAAUCAGAAACAUGGUGGCCAUGAACGGAGGAAGCCACUACACCAACAACAUGUUCCAGGAGGCCGAGAGGGCUCUGGAAGCGGAGAAACAACGCAUCCUGAAGCAGAAACAAGAGCAAAUCCGCAGAGAUAAAGAAGAAAUGGAAAGGCAAAUACAGAAAAAAUAUGAAGAAGAGAUGAAGAGGUUCAAUGCGCAAAUCCAGGCCCAGAGAGAGAUGGAGAGAAGGGCAUUUGAGCAGGAGAGGAAGAGGGAGAGGGAGGCGAUGGAUGAGGAGAGGCGGAAGGAGAGAGAGAGGAGAGAAGAACAGAGUAAGAGAGAGAAGGAGGGAAUGGAGAGAAAGAUGAGGGAAUUACAGCAGCAACAGCAACAAGCUCUGGAGGAGGGGAGGAAGAGAAUUCAGGAGGAGUAUGAGGAGAAGGCCAGAGAGGCAGCAGAGAAAGGUUGCUGCGUCAUACAGUAGGCAGAAAAGUCACUGUCAUUGGUUCAGUCUUUAUCUUUGCUUUGGUUCUGUUCCUGGAUAGGAGAAGACGUUUCCAUUUGAAACUUUCCUGUUCUCACUUUCCUCCAUUCCCAAGGAUUGACAGGAGCAGUUUAACUGCACUGCCUCACCUCAAGGCUGGACGACUCCUGAGACUGGAUGGCGGUAGAUUAGAAAAGCUGUAGCCACAUGAUCAAACCCUACUAUAUUGUUUUUUGUGCCUCAAAUUAGGUAAUUAUCAAGUCUGCUUUUAGUCCAAACUGCUCAUUGAAAAAAUCUUCUGUCAUGUAAAUCGUGUUUGCAUACUCACUCAGGAACUUUUGUCUGCUGUUAGGUUUAUUCCCAUUCUGUAUGGUGUUUUUUUUUUUCAUCACAUUAAAAUAGUCAAACAAUAAACAGCCAUUAAUGCAUUAUUAUAUUAUUUCUAAUAACAAGCAAAGGAAGUGAAAGUUUGUCAUCAUAGAUGUAUUACUAAGGCCUCCUUCACUGUUUCUAUCUCAACAUCCAGUUCUUCACUUUGGCCACAUGAGGGCAGAAAACACUCAACAGUCUUUGAGGAUGCUUUAUUCUGUAAAUAUUCAAAGCCAUUUCUAUAUUUUU